CUUGGGGUGUUUCUCUGUGUUCUUGAUGCUGCUGUUGUAGAAGGUGACCGGGCUUUUUUUUUUAAACAGCUGCCCCUUCCUUGCCCGUCACCUGACCCUGGCCAUCCCCAUCAUUGCAGCCGUCCUCUUCUUCUUUGUCAUCAGCUGCCUGCUCCAGACAAGCUUCAGAGACCCAGGUAUCCUGCCCAGAGCCACCCCAAGUGAGGCUGCAGACCUGGAAAAGCGAAUCGACAGCAUGGGUACCUCUACCUAUCGCCCACCGGCCCGCACGAUGGAAGUGGUCAUAAACAAGUACGUGGUGAAACUCAAGUACUGCUACACCUGCAAAAUGUUCCGCCCUCCCCGCACCUCUCACUGCAGUGUCUGCGACAACUGUGUCGAGAGGUUUGAUCACCACUGCCCCUGGGUGGGCAACUGCGUGGGGAAGCGCAACUAUCGCUACUUCUACGCCUUCAUCCUCUCCCUCUCCUUCCUGACAGCCUUCAUCUUCGCUUGCGUCGUCACCCACCUCACUCUGCGCUCUCAGAGAGAUGGAUUCCUCGCCACUCUGAAGACGACACCUGCAAGUGUGCUGGAGCUGGUGAUUUGUUUUUUCUCAGUCUGGUCUAUUUUGGGCCUCUCAGGUUUUCACACGUACUUAGUCGCCUCCAACCUGACGACAAACGAAGAUAUCAAAGGGUCUUGGUCAAAUAAGAGGGGCUCAGAGUUUGCCAAUCCCUACAGCCAUAAAAGUAUCCUCACAAACUGCUGUGCGGUGCUGUGUGGACCAUUCCAUCCCAGUUUGAUAGACAGAAGAGGAUUUAUCCAGCCAGAUGUCGGGACCCCGUCCAGUCCUAAGAGCGAAAUCCCUUCCUUUGGAGCCAAAACUGACACCAGCAUGGUAGGAGGCGUUCCCUAG